GAGGUUUGUGAGGACCAAACGUAGCGGGAGCCGCUGAAAGACGCCUUUGAGCAAACUAGAGAAGAUCCGUCCGAGGAGAUGAAGUGCGUUGUUGCUGCCGCCGCCGCCGUCGUGCUGCUGAGUCUGGUCUCGCUGGGACGCUCUGCUCCUCUCCUAGGCUGCGACAGUAUCGUAAAACCAAUAACCGUCAGCAAAGAAGAAACUUUGGGUGAGUGGCUGUACGUCGGGUCGAGCUCCAACGUCCCCGGGAGCCGCUCCCUGGGACACCUGCUGACCAGCGUCUGGUUCAACAUCACCGAGAACAGCGAGAGCAACAUCCUGGACGUUCUCCAGGUCCAGAGGACAUAUGGAGAAUGUUCAGCAAUGAAAUACAACGUGAUCUUUGAAGACAGCGCGAUGAUAAUUGAGCAACCUUUCUACCUGAAGGACGUCUUCCUGACCACUGACUGCGCCGACUGUCUGGUCAUCUUCGAAGAAGUUGUCUCUGGGCAAAAUGAGUUCACCUCUCUUCUCCUGUUCAGCCGGGGAAAGACGGCCUCACCUGACACCCUGGAGCUGUUCAAGAAACAAGCUGAAUGCCUCCGGAUGCCGUCGCCCAUAAUCCUUGACCCAAACUACGACAUGUGUCCUGCUGACAUCCAACCGGUCGAAGGGCUCAGUGCGCUCAACUCCUUAUUACAGACCAAGAUGCUUCGAUUCGCAAGAAUCCUGGAUUUCUUUUUUGACAUGUUUGUGAACUGAUCAUAUUUUGUAAGAUUAAACAUUAAAUUAGA